AUGGCUCCUCACCGCAGACGCCACUCUGUCAGCUCCACUGAGAGCAAUGCCUCCGACAGCUCCUCUUCUACCUCCACCUCUACGAAGGAAGUAGCAGCUGCUCAAAGAGUCUUCGCCAGUCGUCAAGCAUUGAUCAAAACUCUUGGUGAGACCAUGAAGGGCUUUACUGAGGAGAUAGGCGACGACUUCGACAAGCAAGAUUGGGAGCUUUACAAGGCUCUCGAGAAGUAUAUUGGCCGCUCCUUCCGGGCAGCUGGUGAAGCAGGCUCCGAAAUCUAUGCAGCAGUCGGAAGAUACUUCAAGAUCCGCUCUAAGCUGCUCAUCGCCGAGGUUGAACACCUUCCGGGACGCCUGAGUGCUAGAGACAGCGCAUCGCACAAGCUGUGGACACAAAAGUGCCGUGCUGAACAACUCCUCCUGCAGAUCUUGAUGGAGAAAGGCGACGAGGAAGAUUUCGAUGUAGCGCUUUGGAUGUUUGAUGAGACCGACUCCGCACUCUAUGAAGUUAUACAGAAGGCCCAAAGUGUGGAGAAAGGUCAUGCCAGCGCGGGUCCAUCGAGACAGACCAAUCGCCAGCGCUCUUCGCGCAAUUAUGCGACCCGUCACCGUCCGGCACAGGAGCGCCUCGAACAUCUGACGGGCUACUUCGACUCACGCUGGCCGCCUAUGGAUCAAGACGCCAUACUUGAAACACCAGAUCUUGUUGGGCGUGAAAGCGCAGCGCCCUACCCAUGGCACAACCUGUACCAACCUGCAACUCCAAGUCAGUACUUGUUCGGCACUCAGCAUCGCCCUGAGCAGCAAAAGAACACCCGCAAGCCCCGCAAGAACUCUGCGAAGUCAAAGCGGACCGCUCGUCCAUCGACUUGUGUCCCAGAAGAAGUCCAUGCAGGCCCAUCGUCAACUUCCCCAAAUUUGCCAUCGACCCCGUCUUACUGUGAGUCCGACGGCGGUGUGCCGCUCACCGACGAAACCGAUCUUGCAUACGGCAGCGAUGGCGACAGUGACUACUUCCCGCGUGCUACCAAGAAGCAAGAGACACGCCGAGAGCCUCGCAAUAAGCAAACCGGCAAGGGCAAAGGCAAGGCGUCAGAUGGCCUGGAGCGACUCGCGCAAGCACUAUCUGGCAGACCUCCCAAGAGAUCAGAAGGCAAGGAGAGACUGACUGAAGCGAUCUCUGGCAGACCUCGUAAGACGCCCAAAGACAAGUUCUCGCGACAGAAGGCAGCCAUGGCGUACCGAUUUGGCGAAGAGAUCGGUCGUGCACUGGUCCGUGACGCGGGGUUGACUUCGGGAGAGGAUGUCUGA